GUAACAUAAGACGCCUACAGACCAUCGUUCCCGCUAUCCCAAAGAACAUAUCCGAAUUUGGAGAUAUCACUUUGUGAAUCUAUUGCUGCACAGUAUCUUGACUGACCACAACAGAAGACACAUCCCAACGGAAUAUAAAGCUGAUAUCUUCAGGAACCAAUCAUGAAUGAAAACUGCUUUGCCAUCGAUAUUCUGCUGUUGUGCAUAUCAUGCGGAGCAAGUGCGUUGGCUGCCUACAAGCCCUCACCGUCCUCAACGUUGCCAGUCACUAAUUUUACCGAUAUUGGCUCAGACAUCAAUUAUCGAGUUGAGACUGCGAGCCUGCCGAAAACCAGACGGAAGCGCUUCAUCUCCCAAAACGACAUGCUUGCAAUUCUCGAUUACCAUAAUAAAGUUAGAGGGAAAGUGUUCCCUCCGGCGUCGAACAUGGAGUAUAUGGUCUGGGAUGAAACCCUGGCCAAAACCGCGGAGGACUGGGCUGCUACUUGUUUGUGGGAACACGGACCCCGGAGUCUACUCCGAUUUCUGGGUCAGAACCUCUCCGUCCGGACGGGUCGUUACAGAUCCAUCCUUCAGCUAGUGAAGCCUUGGUAUGAUGAGGUGAAAGACUACUCUUUUCCCUACCCGCGUGACUGCAACCCUCGGUGCCCUCUGAAGUGCUAUGGACCCAUGUGCACACACUAUACACAGAUGGUGUGGGCCACAUCAAACAAAGUAGGCUGUGCUAUCAAUACCUGCCACAAUAUGAAUGUGUGGGGGUCGGUGUGGAAGAGGGCAACAUACCUUGUGUGCAACUAUUCUCCAAAAGGGAACUGGAUUGGGGAGGCCCCUUACAAAGUGGGCGUGCCCUGCUCCAUGUGUCCUCCCAGCUAUGGAGGCUCGUGCAGCAACAACAUGUGUUUUCCUGCUGUGAACUCCAACUAUCUGCACUGGUUUAAAUAAACACCAGCAGGGAUGCACACACAAACAUCCCUCCAGCCCUCCUUCCCCGUCCCUGUCCCAGAGACUUUUCUCUCAAGGAUUUGCACAGCAUUCCUGGAGGUAUUCUUGUCUGUAUAUGUGGGCCUAUUUAAAAUAUGACCCUAAGUUGUAAGGCAACAGGUAUUUGCAUUGAAAGAUAAAAAAAAUGUAUAUGAAUAUUUUUUUUUUUAACUUUAGUUCUUGUGUGUCAGGUAUUGCUUUUUUAUAGACAUAUGUUGCCUUCACCAUGAUAAUCGGUAAUGUAUGUUCUACAGUAAUUACAUUGAAAUGGUGCUGAUUUUUUAGUAUCAAAACACAGUUGCUGCUAACUCUUCAACCGUAUACUGGUGCUAUGGGAAGGUGCACUCAAACGACUGUGCAUUUCUCUCAACCAACCUCCAGACUUGCAAGAUGGUCUUAAGAUGUUUUUCAGUCCAGGGCAAGUGUG